AUGCCUGCGAGAACAGUCCCAGACCACUCUAUCAGGAUCUGCGCCGACCGCGGCGGUACCUUCUGCGACGUUCACGCGUCGUACCCCGACCCGGAGAACCCGAGCGAGCGCAAGGAACUUGUGGUCAAACUCCUCUCACAAGAUCCAGGCAACUACAGCGAUGCGCCCACAGAAGGGAUCCGACGCGUGCUUGAGGAGGUCACCGGAGAGCAGCUCCCCCGUGGGCAGAUCUUGAACACGGACAAGAUCGAUUACAUCCGAUUGUCCACCACGGUCGCAACAAACGCGCUUCUGGAGCGCAAGGGCCACAAACACGCCCUGCUCAUCACGCGUGGCUUCAAGGAUCUGCUUCUGAUCGGCAACCAGUCGCGCCCCAAGAUCUUUGACCUCAACAUCCGCAGACCGCCUCCACUCUACUCCACCAUUCUGGAGGUCGACGAGCGCGUUACUCUCGUCGGAUACACCUCCGACCCGAGGGCGGAAGAACACGCCGUUCGGUUCGAUGAGAACGGGAAGGUCGAACGCGGGUACCGUGGCAAGGGCUGGGACCAGAAGGGCCACGCGGAAGGCCCUGGGGAGAUCGUCAAGGGACUGUCUGGCGAGGCGGUCAGGAUUAUGCGGAAGCCCGACAUGGACGCGGUGCGCGCGGACUUGCAGCGCCUGUACGAUGAGGGCUUCCAUUCGAUUGCGAUCGUCUUCUGCCACUCGUACACCUACCCGGAGCACGAACUAGAGAUCGCGGCGCUUGCACGCAUGCUUGGGUUCACCCAGGUCUCCGCGUCGUCCCAGCUACUCCCCAUGAUCAAGAUGGUGCCGCGCGGAGUGUCUUCCACAGCGGAUGCGUACCUUACGCCCAUUUUGCGAGACUACCUUGACGGGUUCUUCUCCGGUUUUGAUGCAAAGCUCAAGGAUGGGACUCUUCGGACCCCGCGAGUCGAGUUCAUGGGCAGCGACGGCGGCUUGCUCGACCUCAACAACUUCUCGGGUCUCAAGAGCAUUCUCAGUGGACCUGCCGGCGGCGUCGUGGGUUACGCGCUCACCAGCUGGGACGAGAGCAAGAAGACGCCCAUUAUUGGAAUUGACGUGGGCGGGACCUCAACGGACGUGUCUCGGUUUGCAGGGCGUUACGAAAUCGUCUAUGAGACGACCACUGCCGGGGUGACCAUCCAGUCUCCCCAGCUUGACAUCAACACCGUCGCUGCGGGAGGCGGGUCAUGUCUCACUUUCCAGAAUGGGCUUUUCAAAGCGGGUCCACACAGUGCCGGUGCCGAGCCAGGGCCAGCAUGCUACAGGAAAGGCGGUCCCUUGGCCGUAACAGAUGCGAAUCUCGUUCUGGGUCGCCUUAUCCCCGGCUACUUCCCGAAGAUCUUCGGCAAGUCGGAGAAGGAGCCGCUGGAUAUCGAGGCGUCGAAGUCGGCAUUUGACGCUCUCGCGAAGGAGAUCAACGCCAGCGUCAGUGAGAAGGAGAUGGGCAUGGACGAGAUUAUAUAUGGCUUCAUCAAGGUCGCUAACGAGACUAUGGCGAGGCCGAUACGCGCGCUCACGGAGGCACGCGGAUACGCGACGUCGAAGCAUGUUCUCUCGAGCUUUGGGGGCGCGGGCGGUCAACACGCUUGCGAGAUCGCUCAGCUGCUCGGUAUCAAAACCAUUCUCAUUCACCGAUACAGUUCCAUACUCUCUGCCUACGGUCUUGCUCUCGCCGAUCGGGCAUACGAGCUACAGGAGCCCUCUUCGACCGUCUAUAAUCCAGAGAGCCGCGCGACACUCAAAGCGCGUCUCGACAAGCUCGACGCGCUGGUGCGCGAGGAGCUCGGUCGGCAGGGCUUCGAGGGCGGGCGCGUCCACACCGAGCGCAUGCUCAACAUGCGCUUCGAGGGCACCGACACCGCGCUCAUGGUCCUCCCGCUGCCCGGCGACGGCGACGGCGCGGAGGAGUUUGGCGCGGCAUUCCGGCGCGUGUACAAGGAAGAGUUUGGCUUCUUGCUCGACGCGAAGGCGGUAGUGGUCGACGACGUCAAGGUUCGCGGGAUCGGGAAGACGUUCGACUCGCUGGGAGAGUCGGUGUACGAGGAGGUCGCAAAACUCGAGCGGCGUCCCGUUGGGCGGGAGAAGGCGGACUCGGCGUACAGCACGUACUUUGACAGUGUAGGGCGGGUGGAGGACACGCCGGUGUUUCUGCUGGAGGGGCUGGCAGUGGGCGACGAGGUGAAGGGCCCGGCGAUGAUCAUCGACAACACACAAACGAUCGUGAUCGUCCCGGGUGCGACCGCGCUUCUAACGAGCAAGCAACUGUACAUCACUCUUGAGUAG